AUGGUAGUUGACACCAAUAUACUGUUGCUACAUUGUGUGUCCCUUUGUGAUGUGGGCUACGCGUACAUUCCCAUCGCCUGCGUGCUGUUGCUGUACCUGGUGUACCUGGUGGAGUGCUACCACAGCACCAGCUGGCUAGGCGAGCUGACGUGGCGGCUGUCAGCGCAAGAGUCCAUGCUAUGCGGACGGCUACGCCAAGGGUGGAAGGCAAUUUGCUACCACUACGUGCGGCGCAAGAGACAAGUCACAAGGUACAGGAACGGCGAUGCGUACACGACUACACAGGUGUACUACGAAAGAGUGAACACGCACAGCGCAAGCACGUCAUUCGCGCACGCGUGCUGCGGCCAACGGGAUGCUUCUAGAAACCUCGUGCUGGACUGCAAGACGCCCAUCACCAAGGUCCGCUUCAGCAAGGGUUUCGCCUUUGCCAACAUAGAGGCUGCUAGCGAAUUUGAAGAUCAAAGAUCGAGAUUUUUUGCGGAGCACGAACGUUUUGACGAUUUUAUGGAGAUGCGGGAGGGGUUGGACCUCAUAGGAGUUAGUUCUUUCAAGGAAUACAUGGUAGCUUACAGGGAAGCUGACCGGUGUCCAUGGUAUUCUUCACAAUUACUCUUCUGGACACUAUCGUGUCUACUUCUGUCUUGGCCUCUUCGAAUUCUCAUAGAGUGUAAUACAGCUUAUGUACAUUAUACGAUUACAAAAAUAUUUGGUACAAAUUACGAGUUAGAUCCAAGCCGGCAGUUGGAUCUGGAUACGCACCUGUCAGAUACCUUACCACCAGUGACCGCCACCAACUACGCGUGGGCACUCGCUGACGAGCAAAGUGCGGUGCUGUGCUCUGCGCCCAGACCUCCGAGGACCCUGCCCCUCUCCCACGCGUCCACUGUCGACAGCCUGGAGCUGUUCGCAGCCAUCCGGGGCAACUGUGCCUUAGUUCCCUCCUACUCGGAGGCCAUGCGCAUCGACGCGGCCCUCCGAGAGGAACCAACCGAAAACGCCAACGUUCGCAUCGAAAUGGAACCACCACCAAGAACGCACAGGCCCACCAUAAAGGCCGCCUCCUUCGAUGAGCCACCCAGAAGGCCAAGAGUGACCAUAGCUGGCACUCAUUCAAGCAACAAUAUCGUUGGUUCUGCAAGGUCUAACGAAGCAAAGCAGCAGAACAGACGCUCCUGGGCCGGAGUGCUGACGACCACUCGGAGUGCGAGGCAAAUAUUGGAAGACUUCAGAUCAACAAACCAGGUCAAUUACGAGCCUAUGCCUGAGGCUCAGGCCACGAAUGGUGAGACCACAAUAUAUUUUUCAAGAGAUUUAUCUCCUACCUGUUCUAGAGAUCCGUUUGGGGGUCGAGCAUUGACGACCCCGACAGAUGAGCCGCCUUCGUAUGAAGAAGCUCUUAGGCUUCCAGCAUUGAGAAAGCUGACUAGGUCCAUAACUGGGACUGAUUUUGCGGGGCCUAGAAGGGCUUUUUUGAGGGACGUGCUCGCUAACAGGAGGUCUUGUCUAGAAGGCGUGGGAGUCUUAUCGGGAACCAAAGUAGUGAGGCUACCAUACACCGAAGAUGGACAGGAGACGCCGCUAUAG